AUGCACCGGCAGUCGUUAUGGAUGUAUCUAGGAUCUGAUGGAGGUUUUAAAUCGUUAUUCGGCAUCUUACUACAUACGUUGCUUCAACCCAUAAGCGUGCGAUUCACCAACGAUAUGAUAUCUAUCAUAUACAACUGCCACGCCUGA